GCACAAGUCUCCCGUCACAGAAGGCAAAGAGAGCAGAGCAGCCGGUUCUUUCUUUCUCGGCCACGAACACAAGCAGUCCACCGCAGCACUGACAAGUCAUCCUGUACAGCCUGAGCACCACUUCUUCCCAGCCGUUCCUCCAUCCAUUCCAUAAUUAUCCAUCUGCAAGGCUGUGGGAAGCCAGCAAGGUUGAAGGAGUCGGACGGUUGAGGUCAAGUUUGAGAGAUCAGGAAAACUCUCCGGUGGACGACUAGAGACUGAUUUCCUGUCCCGCUGCUGUGCCUUGGACUGUGGUGGUUCUUCGCGCCCUGUGUCCCUCACAUUCUCCUGCACUCACGCUGAGCGUUGCCCCCCCAUCUCUGCCUCUUUUCGCCACUCUACGUUUCUCUGGGAUACGCCUGUGAGUCAGUGGGACAUGUUGACCCUUCGCUUUGGACAGCAUUUCAUCAAGGCCUCGUCCGUGUUCCUGCAGACGGAGCUGUCCUUCGCUCUGGUCAACAGGAAGCCUGUGGUGCCCGGACAUGUGUUGGUGUGUCCUAUGAGACCAGUGGAGCGGUUUCGGGAUCUUCAGCCAGAUGAAGUGGCAGAUUUAUUCAGCACCACUCAGAGAGUUGCCAACCUGGUGGAAAAGCACUUCAAUGCCACCUCGCUCACCAUCGCCAUCCAGGACGGCCCUGAAGCCGGACAAACCGUGAAGCAUGUCCACGUCCAUGUGCUGCCCAGGAAGGCAGGGGACUUUGAGCGGAAUGACAGCGUCUACAAUGAGUUGCAAAAGCAUGAUCGAGAGGAUGAAGACAAUCCCUCCAAGUGGAGAUCGGAAGAGGAGAUGGCAGCAGAAGCUUCUGAUUUGAGGAAACAGCUUGAGAAGCCCUGAAUGGAUGCUGAUCAACACUUCAUGCCAAGGUCAACAGUGACAGGAGGAUUACUUGACAUUAAUGUGAAACUGUAUCUGCACUGCUUCAUGGCUUUGAUGUAUUUCUUUUUCAAAAUAAAAUGCAAAGACACAGCUUGUG